UCUGAAGCCCCCCCCCCCCCCUCUCUCUCCCUCUCUCUCUCUCUCUCUCUCUCUCUCUCUCUCUCUUAGAGGGUCUUAUCUAAGGCAGAGAGAAGAUAAACACAUUGAGCAUUGAAAUUAUGAGCGUCUCGAAGAUUGCCCACGUGCUGUUGUUGCUGCUCGUGUUAAUAAGCGUAAACAGCAAUAAUGGUGUCAAGGCGACGCAUAAGGUCUUCAAGAGAUUUCAGUCUCAAUCCGUCGACAGAGUGGGCCCUCUUCAUAGAACUGCCUUUCACUUCCAACCUCCCAUGCAUUGGAUCAACGACCCCAAUGGUCCAAUGUACUACAAAGGGAUAUACCAUCUGUUCUACCAAUACAACCCAAAAGGUGCAGUUUGGGGAAAUAUCGUGUGGGCCCAUUCGGUUUCUAGAGACUUGAUCAAUUGGAAAGCACUUGAACCGGCCAUUUACCCAUCCAAAUGGUUUGAUAUCGGCGGCACAUGGUCCGGUUCUGCCACCAUCAUACCGGGCAAAGGACCGGUUAUCCUCUAUACCGGCCUUGACAAAAAUGCAACCCAAAUGCAAAACUAUGCGAUUCCCGAAGAUUUGUCCGAUCCGUAUCUUCAGAAAUGGGUUAAACCGGAUGACAACCCGAUAGCUGCACCGGACGAAACCAUGAACCGGACCGCUUUCCGUGACCCGACCACGGCUUGGUUAGGCAAAGAUGGUCAUUGGAGAAUGUUGGUUGGUUCAAAACGCAAACACAGAGGGAUUGCUUACUUGUACCGGAGCCGAGAUUUCAGGAAAUGGGUCAAGUCCAAACACCCUCUCCACUCCAAACAGGAUACCGGUAUGUGGGAAUGCCCUGAUUUCUUCCCGGUUAGCUUAACCGACCGUAAGAACGGUCUGGACUUCGGUUACAGUGGUCCGAACAUCAAGCACGUAUUGAAGGUCAGUUUGGAUUUGACCCGGUACGAAUACUAUACACUCGGUAAGUACCAUACCGACAAGGACCGGUACGAACCGGACGGUUCAUCUCCCGACGGUUGGGACGGUUUGAGAUUUGACUAUGGUAACUUCUAUGCUUCAAAGACAUUCUUCGACUCCAAGACUAAAAGAAGGAUUUUGUGGGGUUGGGCCAAUGAAUCUGAUACCGUCUCAGAUGAUAACAGUAAGGGCUGGGCAGGAAUUCAGCUUAUUCCAAGAACCGUGUUGCUUGAUUCGAGUGGCAAACAGUUAGUGUUUUGGCCGAUCGAAGAGAUCAACACGUUGAGGGGUAAAAACGUUCGGAUUAAGAACAAGAAACUCAAGUCGGGCCAACGUUUCGAGGUCCGAGGAAUCACCCCGGCUCAGGCGGAUGUCGAAGUGACGUUCAACGUCGGAAGUCUUGAAAAGGCCGAGCCUUUCAACCCGAAGUGGAAAAACGCACAGGACCUGUGCAACAUGAAGGGUUCGACCGAAAAAGGCGGUGUCGGUCCCUUCGGUUUGAUCACGCUGGCCACUCCGGACUACGAAGAGUACACUCCCGUCUUCUUCAGAGUCUUCAGAGACGCUACCGCUAAGAAACCGAAGGUGCUCAUGUGCUCCGACGCCAAGAGAUCAUCUAUAAGGACGGACGACGGCAAUGAACCGAAAGAAAAAAUGUAUAAACCGUCUUUCGCCGGUUUUGUUGACGCGGAUUUUGCAGACGGAAGAAUCUCUCUUCGGAGUUUGAUCGAUCACUCGGUGGUAGAGAGUUUCGGGGCAAAGGGGAGAACGGUGAUAACGUCACGGGUGUACCCAGAGAGAGCGGUGACGAAGAAUGCUCACUUGUACGUUUUCAACAACGGCACGCAGCCGGUGACCGUCGAGUCCCUGAGCGCUUGGAGCAUGAAGAAGCCUCGGAAGAUGAAUUAAUGAGCGAGCCCUCUUCUACUUGUUUUUUAACUUUAAUAUAUAGAUGUUGUGUUCCUUGAAAAUAAUUUGACGAUUUCCUGGUUAACUAUUCGGUUUUAAAUUUGUAAACUUUUUUUUUUUUUUUGGUUUAUUCCGUACCCCCGAACCUCUAAUGUUGGCAAAAAUUCCAAAAUAUAAUUAAUUUAUAGAACUGAUGUCA